ACAGAGUGUGCGCUAUUUGGAAACUGGGGCUGUGUGUUUUUCGUGUUCCUUCCUGGCGCCUUUAGUCUGAGCACACCGAGUUUCUGGCUCGGAGACGUAAUGAAAUAAGUAAAACACAGGUAAACAUUUCCCGUCAUGUCACGUGAGACGAGGAGAACUGUUCUCUAUGACGCUCACAAGAAGCCAGUGGAGCUGGACCGGUCGAAACUACCGAGCUUCAGGAAAGUCUCAUGCCAUUCACUCAGCGAUGACAGCGUCUCCAUCACCGCGGUGACGACGAAAAACAACUCCGCCCACUCGCACUCGGAGAGAGAAGGCGUGUUUGAGAGGGUUUGUAAUCGACAUUCCUCAAAUUUCUUACGACAGCUCCCUACCUUCAACAUCGAGAACAUCUCGAGGAGGGAGGAGAAGAGGAGGAGGAGAAGAGAGGGGAGGAGAUAGAGGAGGAGAAGAGAGAGGAAGAGAUAAAAGAGGAGGGGGAGGUGGGAAGAAGAGACCUAUGACCAGAGGUCCUCUCCACCCAGCCAAGAGAGGGAGAGCUGCCUGCACCAACUCCAGAAACAAUGCCGCCUCUGUCGUGUCUGAUUUCGACAGUCUCAUGUUCGACUACCGACGGACAAAGCCGGCCACGCCCAAUUCAGCCCCGCUCGGGACCAGCCGAGUGGGCGGAGACUCAGUCAAAGAGGUUCUCGAGAUCCCAGACUCUCCUCCUCUUCCUCCUCAUGCUGCAGAGUUUAGUAAAGAGGUGGCUCUGGUCCACUCACCCACACCGAGUUCUUCCUCGUCGACCAAUGAACUCACUGCUAUUCAAUUAACGAGUCAACUACACGAAGACACGCCCCCCUCCUCCCUCCCUUCCCCCUCUCUCCCCGAGCCUCUCACCACUCGCUACACUUCAGCACAGGUCGUAAGCUCCACCCACAGUCUCGCUCCAGACGAGGCAAUCUCUCAGGGUCGUCACCCGAAACGGGCACAGUGGAGUGAAGAAGAUGUGAAUAGAAUCGAUUUGGACGGAGAUGAAGACUGUUUGAUCACAGAACACACAACCACUUCGCGUUAUUUUGGAGACAGUAAAACCGGACAAGGAGUAAAAUAUCCUCUUUUACUUCCCCCCUCUUCUCCGUCCACCGCAGCCAACAUUCCGACAGACUCACUGGCUUCAGCUGAGGCAGAGCUUCUUCAGUUCAAGAAGACAUCGGCUAAUUUCAGCAGGGUCGCUAGCAAUCUCCCCCAGGUUGCCUCGAGCCCUCACUCCUCCGUCUCUAACUCCACACUCCCUCAGCCCCCAGCACUCAGACAAUCAAUGUUUCAAGCCCUCGAGGAUUUCAACAAUAGCAACACAGGUCAUAGUUCAGAUGUGGGAGGAGAUAAUUACCGUGGUAAUGUCAGGGUCCCCGCAAUUAUUGUUCCAACAUCUUCUACUGUCGCUCCACGGCUCACGAACCCAGAGCUAGAUGGAGAUGGAGAGGGAGAAGGAGAUGUGGUUAUUUCAUCAACUACCAGGAAUAUGAGAUGGGCUGAGAGAAGAGGAGGGGGGAGAGGGAGAAGUGUAUUUGAUGUUCUUGAAAAGAACAGCUCGUGUGAGAGCAAUCACACUAACACCAGUUCUUUCUAUGGAGGAGGUGGUGUGGCUCCCAGCUAUGGUCGACAACAGUUGAUGGCUGCCAGAGAGAGCAACAACAAGAAGAAGAGACUGUCUCUCCAUCACACGCUGCGAGGGAGAGUGCCUCCACUGAUCAAGGCAUCACCCCACACCGUCAGACACCUGGACUUUACUUCUACUGGCAAGACGCUGAUGUCACUACAGAAGAAGGCACAAGAGACUGCGCAAUCCUCGACGACCCAGGUCGGACAAUCGUGCUACGGGUCGACCCAUCUGUCGAUGGUGGAGGAGACCUGUGUGGAUGUUGGGGCAGUCAGAGUUGGGACUCUGGAGGAGAUCCCUGUCUCUCAGUGUCUGAUGAGUUCAGGUGAGAUCUGCAUGAAAUUGGUUGCCAAGGAUACACCUCUCAAGUACAACGUUUAUUUCAGCGACAUCAGCGAGUGGAAGAUGAACCUGAGUGAAAGUCCCAGAUGUAUAAUGAUGAAGCUCCACCCACUGGUGGCUAGGAGACUGGCAAACAAGUUGAGGUCACAGUUCAAAUUGAGCAACUGCAGGUUCCUGAACGUGGAGGCCCAACACCGGUGGUAUUGGUACUGGGUCCUGAGAAUAGAGAGCCACCUUAGCCCAGAUACAGUGACCCAAAUAAACCAGUGGGUCGAUAAUCUGGAGAGUCGAGCUGGGGAGAGAAAGGUCAAAGUCGAGCGAGAAAUGAGUGUUGAUGAAGUGGAAGAGUUCUACUCAGAGCUGGACAGUCGGGAGACAGUCUCUCUCUUCUCCUGCACACCAACUGAGGACUACGAACCUUCCUCCAGCCUCAGAGACAUUCCGAUGGGUGAUUUCGUGCGGCGGUCAACGAGGAUUCAGAACAAGGACGGCGAGAGAGGGAAGGAGAGGGAGAGAGUGAUGAAGAUUUUGAACGAGGAGGGAGAGGAGGAAGAGGAUGGAGCUGUCUCAUAUAUCCCUAAAGGAGAUCCUAAGAAAAUCAUACUGACGUACAAACCAGAAGGAUCACGAGUCAACAUUGAGAUAUCUGAGAUGGAUUUGGAUUGUCUCGAGCGAGGCGUCUACCUCAACGAUAGAGUCAUCGACUUCUACCUCAUGUAUCUAUGGUACGACGAGCUGGGAGCAGGGCUGAGAGACAGAGUCCACAUCUUCAGCUCUUUCUUCCACCAGAGGCUGAUGGACUCCACCAGAGAUCUGACUGGAACCAAGGAACUGAGUGUUGCUAAAAGGCUCCACGAUCGAGUCAAGUCUUGGACAAGACACGUUGACCUGUUCUCUAAGGAUUACAUCAUCCUACCAGUCUGUGUCAGUUCUCACUGGUUCUUAGCUCUCAUCUGUCACCCUGGCCAGUACAAACCGCCUCCUCCCCCCACGACAAGGAGAAGAAGAAAACAACGACGUCCGAGGCAAAAGGUGUUGUGCAGUACCAGAUCGCGAGCGGCGAAGAAGGAAGAGGAGAAGAAGGAGGAGGAGGGUGGGAGGGUGACAGCUGCCACGGGGAUAGAGCUGAUCAGCAUCAGCUAUAGUCAGGAUGAUGAGGAAGAGGAGGAGGGAGAGGAGGGAGAGGGAAAGAAUGACGAAGAAGAUGAAGAAAGUCCUCUUCGGCAAGACAGUGACAGCAGCAACGGUGGAGCUGAUGUGGCGGAGGAUGUUGGGAUGAAUAUUCACCUGACCAGUUGUGAGGAAGAUGAAACACUAGUAAUUACAGGAGGAGAGGGAGAAGGGGGACAAGGAGAGAGAGAUGGAGAGGGAGAGGGAGAAGAAAUGGUCUUGGAAAUGGAGGAAGGCGACCAGAAAGAGGAAGAAACAAACUCCAUCAGCGAAGAGACCCUGGAAGGAGAUGGAGAGAAAGAGAAAACGGAGCGAGAGGAAAACAAGCCCUGUAUCAUGAUCCUUGAUUCUCUGGAGAUCCGUCGCGGAGCCAUCGUGACCAGGAUUAACAACUACCUCACUGAGGAGUGGGAGGUAAAGAAGAAAGAUUGCUCUCCCGUCAAGUUCAAACUAAAGGCUGUCCACCCAAAAGUAAGCCACAACAUAAUACACGCUGAGGACAUU